AUGGCUGCCACUGUCAACAUCCGUCGGGACAACCCCGAUCCGUUUUAUCGUUACAAGAUGGAACGUCUCCAGGCUAAGAUCGAAGGCAAAGGCAAUGGUAUCAAAACGGUUGUUGUUAAUCUCAACAACGUCGCUCAGUCCUUGGGUCGCCCACCUGCCUACCUGAUAAAGUACUUCGGAUUUGAACUUGGGGCUCAAGCAAACGCUAAACCAACUGAUGAUCGCUGGAUUAUUAACGGAGCUCACGAUGCCCAUAAGCUUCAAGACUACCUUGAUGGGUUCAUCACCAAAUUUGUGCUGUGCAAAAAAUGCAAGAACCCAGAAACCGAAGUUGUUGUCAAGGACACCCGGAUCAUUCUUGACUGCAAAGCCUGUGGUGAAAGAUCCGAUGUUGAUCUUCGUCAAAAGCUAAGCACUUUCAUUUUGAAGAACCAGCCAAAGAAGGGUAAGAAGGACAAGUCAACCAAGAAGGCUCGCAGGGAAAAGAAGGGUAAGACAGACGGAGAGGUAAACGGAGAUGCCAACGGAGAACAAAAUGGUAGUCCCAUUGAUAGCAACUCCGAGGGGGCAGAGGAAAAUGGUGACGAAGCUCUCGAUGCCCACAGCGACGAUGAACUUACUCGCCGCAUCAAUGCAGAAGCCAAUGAAAUUGAGCAGACAAAUGAAAUCGACGACGACGACUGGGCCGUUGAUGUGUCUGCUGAAGCUGUCAAGGCUCGUGCACAGGAGCUCCCCGACGAGCUGAAACGCUCGCUCGUCUUCGACGACAAUGAUGAGGACGGUGAGGGUGACCAUGGAGCGGCUACUGCAUACGACCAUCUGGGCAGCUGGAUCAUCAGCUCUGCAGAGGCUUGUGAGGAGGGUGUCUCGGGCGUUAGUGACAUUGAUAUCUAUAAGAAAGCUAAGGAGCUUGGCAUUGAAACAAAGCACAAGACCCUCGCUGUCUUGGCUCAAACCAUGUUUGACGACAAGAUUGUUAAGCAAAUCCCACCUAGGGCUGCUAUGCUCAAGAAGAUGAUCACUUCUGAGCGUCAUGAGAAAGCUUUCCUUGGAGGUACUGAACGUUUGGUUGGAAUUGAACGCCCCAACCUUAUCCCAAUGGUCCCAGCCAUCCUGCUUGCCUAUUAUCAGGAGGAUCUCAUUUCUGAGGAGGUUCUUAAAGCCUGGGGAUCGAAGGCCAGCAAGAAGUACGUCGACAUCUCCACCAGCAGAAAGGUUCGGAAGGCUGCUGAAAAAUUCCUACAAUGGCUCGAGACUGCUGAGAGUGAUGAUGAGGACGAUGAGGAGUAG